UCGUUCGCGUAGUUCAUUCAAUAUAUAUUUUUUCCCAUACUUUCCAUUUUAUUCCGUUACAAAUAUACAAAAAGAAAAGAUUUUUCUUCUUUUUUUUUUCAUUAAAGAGUGAAUCAUAAAAAAUAUUUUUAGUGAACAAAAAUCAAACAAAUAAAUUUUCUCAGAGGCAAUAAACACGUUUGAAUUAUAAAAAGAGAAGAAGUCGUUACUUAGGCUUAUUUAUUGAAUCACCAUUCGCGUCGAAUAAAUAAUGCCUCUGUCGAUUAAUUAGUUUGAUUUUUGCAUGGUCUUUUUGAAUUUGAAUGCAACAAGUGUUUGACGAGAUCGCCGUAAACAAACAAAUUAGUUAUAACAACGGUAUGCGAUUCUAAGAUUCUGUAUAAUGUCAUGUAAACAAUUUGACGAUACUGUGAUGUGUUUAAAAUGUACAUGGUUCGGUUAAAUGGAUUACGAUAUUGUGGACCUAACGUAGGGGAUGUGAGCAAAGAGCUACGCUUAAGUCAUACUUAAGUAAUGCUGUCGUUAGGCUUAGGUAUUCCCCUAGCGAUUGUCUCACUUAUUGGAUUUCUAAUCAACGGCUAUGUAUUGGUUAUCGUCAUUUUAACGAAACAGGUAUCAGCCAACAACAUUCUACUUCUGCACUUAGGAAUCGUCGACUCUAUUUUGUGUAUGUUAUUCUUGAUAUUCUCGUUGCCAAGUAUUGCGAAGAGCGAUGGAGCAGUUGUAUUCGAGGCAAUCUGUAGUGUACACGGAUUUCUAUUGACAUUAAUGCAUCCGAUAGCGCUGUGGACUAUAUGCUGUUUGAAUUGCGAUAGAUAUUAUGCGAUUGCUGCACCGUUGCAUUAUAGUGCCAUUGUAAACACAAAGAAGGUUUUGACGGGACUAAUUUGUGGCUGGUUGGUUGCAUUCUUGUUAUGCAUACCACCAUUGUUCCAUAUCGCACCGUAUCGAUACAAUACUGAUCUAGGUAUAUGCGCUCCUCACUUUGAAAUGUCUGGAACGUUAGUGUAUGCACUCGUUUUCACGUUAAUCACUUUAAUCAUUCCAUCAAUCCUAAUUAUCGGAUGUAAUAUCAGAGUUCUUAUGAUUGCACGUUAUCAUCGCCAUCGAAUUGCUGCCGCUAUAUUCGAAGUAACAUUGUCAGCUCAAGUAACCGUCACCCAUCAAAGAAAUCCAUUCUUCGUUCCUCUAUCUGGUCAAAAGCUUCGAUCACGUAGUCCUGUGUCCACCGUUCUGCAAUUGAUUGGCUCAUUCCUGGUUAUAUACUGUCCGUAUUAUAUCACCAUUCUUUGGAACAGUUCUAUAGCAUCCCUACACAACGGCAAUGUGCCGAAGAGCUUGGAAAUAAACCGGUACAUAUUGAUGGCAGUUUCGACGUUAUUGACAUGUUCCUCGACGAUAAACGGAAUAUUGUAUGGCUUGAAAAGUAAAGUUAUGCGAAAGACAUUCCAGAAUUAUUGGCGCAAAAAGAAAACUAAAAAUGAAAUCAAUCACGAAAUUCAAGCCCGUACUCCUUCUACUUGUGGCUCACGCCGGCCAUCGAUAACCACACUUGGAGUACUUAAUCGUCCCAUUCCGCAGCGACGACUCUCUGAAACACUAUUCCACGCGGACAAAAAUAAUGGCAAUCAAGAGAAACCAUCCAUGAAGCGAAUUGCAUCGGAAUUGUCGUGGCGACCGACGAGUCUCACGUUCGCUGAUCUCAAAGAAAUCGAAGGAUCCAUACCGCACACAGCCAGCUGUAAUACGUUACAAAUACCACGCGUUGACAGUGAACUCAGUUCGGAAGCUGACCUGGAAAUGUAUGACAACUUGAAGAAUUCAUUCAGGCCGACCCUUAAAAACUGCAAUCCCAGACAGGCCGUUAAGCCCACUCCGACUAAUAAUGCCAACAAUUAUCGGAAUAGUUUAAGCACUGCAACGGCAUUGUUGCACAAAGUUCUUAAAAUCGAAAUAAACGAUCAUUCGAUGCAUUUGGACAACGACGACCAGUUGAACGAUGAUAACAACGCAAUUAAAUCACCGCGAAUUCUAAUAACCCGAGCAUAUUCUGAAGACAGUGUAAAAUCUCCGACAAUGCCACACAUUACAUUUAAGAAGACGGCCAAUGUUGUUGUAGAAUAUCAGUGGCUGAAUGGUCAGGACGAUGAUAAAACCAGUGACAGUGAAAAUGAUUCGAAAAUGUUGGAAACGACCAGCAAUUCCACGACCACAUCGAAUAUGUCGACACGACGUUAUUCGUCAUUGGAAGACGCCAGUUAUGGUAUGCAUUCAGAUGCAGAUCCGAGCGAAGAACAAUUAUUGCUUUUGUCGUGGCCAACAACUCGAAAGAAAUAUACAGUACAAACGCACAGAGCUUAUAAAGGACAAAUUAUACGACCAAAUCCACUGUUUACCGAUAGAUGUGAGAAACCAGAUGUUGUUCUUUAAUGUUAGUUGUAAAUAAAUU